AGCGGAACACUUCCACCUCAAGUACUGUUGGAGACGUUACGCUCGAUCCAGGACCUCUUAUUUCCGCCUUCAGAACACAAAUCUGCGAAGAUCCUCAAGAAGCUUCAUAUCAAAGCGACGCAAUGAUUUCGAUCCUGAAUGCUACCGAUACGAUGGCGUGCAUUUGCGAAAUAAGUUGCUAGAGGACUUCCGAUAUAUAUUCUGGAGUGGGCGUGUGGACGCGUUGUGUAAGCUGUUGAAAGAGCGACCCCCGCGAAGUACUCUUGAACGUUGGCUUAGAUGGCAGAGUAGUGAACGUAAUGCCCUUCUCGUGGCUCUGCUGGCCAUUCUGAUAUCGAUUCUUGUCGGGAUUAUCAGUAUCGGACUUGCAGGGAUCCAGAUAUGGAUUGGGUAUGGUAUGGAAGCAUCCCGUUGAGUGACGAAACCACGUCACAUGUAGCUGUAUUUACUGCUUAGAUUUCGCAAAAGCUCAAUCGCCCUCAAAGUGAGGACAUAGUUAUUGCUUUGCUCACGUUUAUGACUGGAGAGAUUGAAGAACAAUACAGAAUUGGGAGGACAUCGUGACUGCAACAAGCAUCACGAUAACCGGAGGAUCUUAUCUUCCACCCCACUUACCUUACCUUAUCGCGCAAAAGUUUAAAAGAACGCGACGCGUUGAGCACACUUUAACGCAUCACGCCAUGACCAGCUUAAUGGAAGAUUACCGAAAUGAGACCAUGGAGCAAUCUGUGGACCCAAUGGCAAAAGAAGGUAUCCACAACAUCCAGGAUCUGAGUCGGGAGCUUGAGAUCAGUGAAACAUAGAUAAGGAAAAUUUCCGCCUCCUGGCACAAAGCUACCGACACUGUUAUCAUCUCAUCCACAAUAGCUAGCUCUCUUCCUCUCCGUUCCACCUCCGAUCACGCAAAGAUACACUUUAUUGCCAUCACGAUGUCUUCUACCGCCUUCGUUCAGCGCCCUGCUCCCGCCUUCAAGGCCACCACCGUCUUCCCUGGCGGCGAGUUCAAGGACAUUCAGCUGUCCGACUACUUGGGACAGUGGGUCGUCCUUCUCUUCUACCCCCUUGACUUCACCUUUGUCUGCCCGACCGAAAUCAUCCAGUACAACGACGCGCUGCCCCGUUUCAGCGCCAUCAACACCACCGUCCUCGGCGUCUCGACCGACUCCCACUUCUCCCACCUGGCCUGGACCGAGAAGCCCCGCAAGCAGGGCGGCCUCGGCUCCGACCUCCAGCUGCCCCUCGUCGCCGACAAGUCCCACAAGAUCUCGCGCGACUACGGCGUCCUGAUCGAGGAGGAGGGCGUCGCCCUUCGCGGUCUCUUCAUCAUCGACCCCAAAGGUAUCCUCCGCCAGAUCACCGUCAACGACCUGCCCGUCGGCCGCAACGUCGAGGAGACCAUCCGCCUUGUUGAGGCUUUCCAGUUCACCGACGAGCACGGUGAGGUCUGCCCCGCCGGAUGGAUGAACGGCAGCAAGGGCAUGAAGGCCGACCCUAAGGGCAGCCUGGAGUACUUCGCUGCUCAGGGCGAGACCAACGGCACCAACGGCCACACCAACGGCAACGGCCAGAAGAGAGCGAGAGUCGAAUAAGUGUCUUUCUAAGUCGAGGAAGGGUGACGAAAAAGGG